AUGGUAGAAAAUCGACAAGAUCAUGUCCUCGCGAUCAUUUGCGUUUUCACGGUCUUCGCAUUUAUCUUCGUCCUAACAAGGGCAUACUCUCGAUACCUCGGACGGAACUUCGAUUGGGAUGACUACCUCAUAAUAAUCGCCAUGGCUCUUCUGCUUGUCGACACUACCGCAACCUGGAAGUAUAUCAUCCUUAGCGGCACCGGAUUUCAUAUAUGGGAUCUCCCAAAGAAGUCAGUCGAGGAAAAGCUCGUUGCGCUCAGAUGGAAUUUCGCAGUCCAAAUGUUCUACCAUCCACUGAUGGGAUUGAUAAGAGCCUCGAUCAUUAUGUUUCUCUUCCGAAUGAAAGACACUCGUCGACGUAUACGCUACUCGCUGCAUGUUGUCUUCUGGCUCAACAUCUUCUACACCGUCGGAACAACUCUUGUCAACAUCUUCCAGUGCAAUCCCGUGCGUUACACCUGGACGAAGCCUGCCAUGGAUCGCGUUGGCGCAGACGGCAAGACCAUUCAGGGCGGGACGUGUGUUGAUGCUCGCACAUUCAUCCUGACAAGCUGCGCACUUAGUAUAUUCAUGGACCUUAUAAUAAUCCCAAUCCCCAGCCUCAUGGUCUGGAACCUUCAAAUGUCCAAACGCACGAAAUUCCUCGUUGUCAUUGUUAUGAGCCUGGGAUGGGUAUCGACAGGUGUGUCAGUAGGCCGCUUCAUAGUCUACUACUACCGCUUCGCCCCCUCAAACACCGACCGCACAUGGAAUACCGGUAUCGGAAUCUCCAUAGCUGAGCCAGCGGUGCACAUAAUGACCGCCUGUGCCCCGGCAACCAAAUGUCUCUUCCGAAUACUGUUCCCAUCAUUUGGCUCGACGGGGACGGCUGGUUAUUACGAAGAUCGCACGCACACGACGGGUAGGGCGAGCAAAAUGGGAUCUAAGUCCUCAAGAACGCUAGGAAACUUUCGUUUUGGGCUGUCGAACAAUGGGCAUGAGGAUAUUACGGUCGAAUUGGGGAGUGGGGUGGGGAAGAGCAGGAGGGACUUCAAAAGCGAGAGCACCUACAACUUGAAGCCCCGCGGGAGUGUCGAUUUGAGAGAGAAGAUGGAUAGGGAAGGAGAUGAUCGACAAAGUUUGGAGGUGCUAGAAACUGGGAGAAUAAGUUGCUCCAAGACGGGAUAUACUGAAAGGAGUGAGCCUGGCUACAAGUCGUAUGCUGUUCGCACAGUCAUCUCCGGCUGGGACGAGAGCUUCAACUCGAUUACGGGACUGAAUGGAUCUGGGAAAUCCAACAUCCUCGACGCAAUAUGCUUUGUGUUGGGUAUCAACAAUCUGAGUGUGGUUCGAGCGCAAAACCUGCAGGACCUUAUAUACAAGCGCGGACAGGCAGGCGUCACCAAAGCCAGCGUUACCAUCGUAUUCGAUAAUCGCGAUAAACCGAAAAGCCCCGUCGGCUUCGAAGAACAUGCGCAGAUCUCCGUAACUAGACAAAUCGUGCUCGGCGGAGCGAGCAAAUAUCUUAUAAAUGGGCACCGCGCACAGCAACAAAGCAUUCAGAAUCUGUUCCAGUCUGUGCAGCUCAACAUCAACAAUCCCAACUUCAUGAUCGCACAAGGAAAGGUGAUGCAGGUACUGAACUCGAAGCCCAAGGAGAUCCUGGCACUGCUGGAGGAAGCGGCCGGGACGCGCAUGUUUGAGGACAGGCGCGACAAGGCUUAUAAGACCAUGGCAAAGAAGGAAAUGAAGGUACAGGAGAUACAAGAGCUGCUCCGCGACGAAAUUGACCCCAAACUCGACAAGCUACGGCAGGAAAAGCGGGCGUUUCUGGAGUUUCAGCAGACACAGAGCGAGCUGGAGCGCCUGACUAAGCUCGUUGUCGCGCACGACUACACGCGCUACAACGAGCGGGUACGUCAAUCAGCAGAUGACCUCGAGGCGAAGAAGCAGAGAGCCAAAGACCUUGAAGAAUCAGCGGUGCACAUGAAGCAACAAAUCGAGCACUUGCAGGAUGACAUCAAGAAGGUCAAGGCUACGCGCGAAAAGGAGCUCCGCAAAGGUGGCAAGUUUCAGGCUCUCGAAGAGGACGUUAAGACACAUUCGCACGAGAUCGUUCGCUUAACAACGGUUCUUGACCUGAAGAACACGAGCAUGGCCGAAGAAGUCGAACGAAGGACGGACAUUGAGAAGAGCGUCAAGGAGCUGGAGAAGCAACUGUAUGAAAAGAAAAAGGCCUACGGACAACUGCAGGAGAAGUAUCAAACUGCUCACGAUGAAUUGGCGAAACAAACAGAAGAAGUCGAGAAAAAGGAAGAGCUCCUUCAGACUCUACAAACGGGUGUAGCAUCCAAAGAAGGUCAAGAAAGUGGUUACCAGGGCCAACUACAGGACGCCAGGAAUCGAGCAAGCGCCGCAGCCACUGAGCAAGAGCAAAAUAAGCUCAAGAUUUCGCAUCUUGAGAAACAAAUCAAAGAAGACGAACCGAAAGCGAAGAAGGCAAAAGAGCAGAAUUCUGGCUUGCUAAAGGACUUGGAGACGCUGAAGACCCAGGCGAAGAGGCUCGAAGCUGACUUGGUCAGAUUGGGCUUCGACGAGGGAAAGGAGUCGGAAAUGUAUCAGCAAGAGUCGCAUCUCCAGGCACGAAUCCGAGAGUUGAAGCAACAAGCGGACGGCCUUAGGCGCCAGGUUGCCAACAUCGACUUCAACUACAGCGACCCGUCUCCGAACUUUGAUCGAUCUCGCGUCAAGGGGCUUGUCGCCCAGCUUUUCACGUUAAAUAAAGAGCAUACGCGCGCAGGUACCGCCUUGGAGAUCUGCGCUGGAGGUCGACUUUAUAAUGUCGUGGUGGACUCCGCUGCGACUGGCAAGCAGCUGCUCGAGAAUGGCCGAUUGAAGAAGCGAGUCACCAUCAUUCCUCUCAAUAAGAUUGCUGCCUUCAAGGCCUCAGCAGAAAAAAUCGGCGCUGCGCAGAAGAUUGCUCCUGGUAAGGUGGAUUUGGCAUUGUCCUUAGUUGGGUAUAACGAUGAAGUCACGGCAGCCAUGGAGUACGUCUUCGGUUCGACUCUUGUAUGCGAGGACGCCGAGACUGCUAAGCGCGUAACGUUCGAUCCCGCAGUGCGGAUGAAAAGUGUCACUCUUCAGGGCGAUACCUAUGAUCCUGCAGGUGUCCUAUCCGGUGGUAGUGCGCCCCAGUCUAGUGGAGUUCUCAUCACCCUACAGAAGCUCAGCGAGAUCACCACAGAGUUAGGGUCGCAGGAGACCCAGCUUCAUGCCCUUCAAACGACCAUGGCUCACGAGAAGAAAAGGCUAGAUGGUGCACGCAAAUCGAAGCAGGAGCUUGACCUCAAGAAGCAUGAGAUCAAGCUCACCGAGGAGCAGAUUAGUGGCAAUUCAUCUUCAUCAAUAAUACAUGCCGUCGAGGAGAUGAAGCAAACCAUCGCCCAGCUUAAGGAAGAUAUCAAGGCUGCGAAAGCACGACAAGACGAGGCGAAUAAGGAAAGCAAGCGCAUCGAGCGUGAUAUGAGCGAGUUUAACAACAACAAAGACAGCAAGUUGGCGGAGCUACAAUCAUCGCUAGAGAAGCUGAAGAAAGCUUUAAGCAGGAAUAAUGCAUCCAUAAAGCCUCUGCAGUCGGAAAUGCGGGAAGCCAUGGUCGAAUCCGAGCAAUGCGGCAGUGACCUGGCGGCUGCACAAGAACAGCUUGAGGAGGUGCAAGUUACUCUAAAGUCACAACAGGAAGAGGUUCAUGCGCUUUUGACUGAGCAAGCCCGCGUGAAGGAUGCACACGAUCUAGCCCAAUCCCACCUGAGCGACGAGCAAGCAAAACUGACUGGUUUCGACGACGAGCUUCGGUCACUCGAAGACACGAUAAGAUCGAAGAGCUCUUCCAUAACAGAAGGCGGCCUGGAACAACAGAAACUCGGGCAUGAGAUUGAUAGAUUUCACAAAGAACAAGAGGGCGCAGCAAGUCAUGUAAAGUCGCUUGAGAAAGAAUACGACUUCAUUGCCGCAGACUCUGAGCUCUUUGGACGGGCUGGUACAGUUUACGACUUCAAAAGUGUGAACAUGGCAGACUGCAAGACCAAGCGUAAAGCCUUGGAAGAGCAUUUCCAACGUAAGAAGAACAAGAUCAAUCCCAAGGUCAUGGCCAUGAUCGACAAUGUGGAAAAGAAGGAAGCUAGCCUAAAGAGGAACAUGUCGACUGUAAUCAAAGACAAGACGAAGAUUGAGGAGACCAUCGUCAAGCUUGACGAGUAUAAAAAGGAGGCUUUGCACAAGACAUGGACUACGGUCAAUCGCGACUUCGGAUCGAUCUUCAACGAGCUUCUGCCGGGCAGCUUUGCGAAGCUUGAUCCACCGCAAGGCAAGUUGAUCUCUGACGGGCUGGAGGUCAAGGUCCAGCUGGGCAAGGUAUGGAAGCAGUCAUUGAGUGAGCUAAGUGGUGGCCAACGGUCUCUCAUUGCCCUUUCGCUCAUCAUGGCAUUGCUACAAUUCAAGCCUGCACCAAUGUAUAUUCUGGACGAAGUCGACUCUGCGCUCGAUCUGUCGCAUACACAGAACAUUGGCCGCCUGUUCAAAACUAGGUUCAAGGGCUCGCAGUUUAUUGUUGUGAGCUUGAAAGAUGGCAUGUUCCAAAACGCGAAUCGCAUUUUCCGCACACGGUUCGUUGACGGGACGAGUGUGGUUACAGCAACGGCUGGAUCAGAGAAGUAG